CUCAGACACAACUUAACCAAGCAUCUCCAAUACAAUGGCUCAAAUUCUUCUUGUCUCCUUCAUGGCUCAAAUUCUUCUUGUCUCCUUCAUUUUGCUCGCAGAUGCUUUUGUGGGUCUAGCCAUGGCUAACGUCUCAGACCCACCAGCGCCUAGUCCCUCCAUCUCUUACAGGGAGUCUCAGCAACCACCACUUCCCAGGAAACUUGGAAACCACCAGGUGGUUGCGCCCAGUCGCAGCCCAGCCAGUGCUCCAGACUCUGGAAAGGAGUUGCGUUCUAAUACGAAAAAAUCCAGUUCUGAGCCUGAGAAUGAAGAGGAUGUUAGCAUCAAAGGAGAGGAGAUUAAGUUGCUGCAUGAACGGCAUCACCACUCGUUUGAUAAGUCGGUUGCCGGUGGUGGUGUUAUAUUGGGAGGUCUCGCCACCACCUUUUUGGUGGCAGUUUUCUGUUACAUUAAAGCUACUGGGAGACACAAAGCAGAGGUUGUUGUUGUCUAAAUUACAAAUUUGUAAGAAGUGUUUGGGACGUAUAUAUUGUUAUUAGGGGACAUCUGAAUUGAAGACUGUCUCUUUGUUUAUCGCUGUAAAGAAAAUUGAUUUACACUCGAUACAAUUUCAAAGUUAAAUUAGUGCAAAUAUGA